UAAUAAUAUUGGAAACUUAUUUUUGAUCUAUCCAUAUUAAUAUAGAAAUUUAAUUAUUUUUUAAAGUAAAAGCCGAAAUUAUUUAUGUCGAGAAUUAUUGGCGAUGGCAAAAAGAAAAAUUGGAGUCAACAAUAUAAUUUACGAAUUGGAUAAUGAAGAUCUCACUGCCAGUAGCGACGACGAGGGUAAAGAAUGUAAGAUUAUAUGUACUGAGCAUAAUAAAGUCAUUGAAGAUGCUAAAAACUCCUUAAACGAAAGCGAUUCUGUAAUCGAAAUCAGUGAUAUUGAUUUGUCUCGUGAUACUGACCACAAUAGCUCAAUUAAUGAGGUCUCAAAUAAUGGAGGGAAAACGGACGCGGACAGUUUUAAAAAGGAUAUAAAGAACAAAAACUUCACCAAUGAAUGUGAAAGUAAACUCAAUGGUUGCUUAAAAGAUGGACACAGUGCUGAAAUGUGUAAGACAAUCAUAUUUAAUGAAGAUAUUGACAUUGAUUCCCCUGCAUCUGUUUCUAACAGUGACUUAGGUGUUGUUGGUUGUGAGAACAGAAUACCAUUAGUAAGUGUGCGAUUUAGAGACAAAAUCAUGGCGAAAAUUUAUAAGAAGAAAUUGAAGGAUUUUAUGCUGAAAAUGAUUAAGUUACAUGACGCUGAAACAUUUUCUGAUGACAAUGACACUGAUGUAGAGUUAGAUAUUUGGCCAGAGGACUUCAGUGAAGAGGAGGUUGAGAAACCAUCUUUACCACCAGCCUCCGACGAUAAUUUGUUUUUUGUUGACACAGACCCUCAAAGUAUGAAUAUUGACAUACCAAUGUAUGAGCAGGCAUCACUACCAAUUUCAAAUGCUACUGAUACAGAGAAAAGUUCGCCACAAAUUUUGAGAAGGGGACCAACUUGCUUCAAUUGUGAAGGAGCACAUCCACUCAGAGAAUGCACAUUGCCAAGAAACAAUGCAAAAAUAGCAGAAAACAGAAGAAAUAUUGGUGUGAAACUCGGGCGAUAUCAUGUAGAAGAUGAGCAGAAAUAUGGACACUUGAUUCCUGGUAGGAUAUCUGGACAGUUACGGAAUGCACUUGGCUUGAAACGAAAUGAGAUUCCAAUGCAUAUCUAUAAAAUGAGAUUGCUUGGAUACCCUCCAGGUUGGUUGGAAGAGGCGCGGAUUUCACAUUCCGGAAUAACUAUGUUUGAUUCUGCUGGGCGCGCUAUUCAAGAUCCCGAUGAAGAGGAAGGUGAGGUGUGUGAGCCUGGAUGUAAGGACAAGUUUGAUAUUAAGAAAAUUCUAGACUUUCCAGGAUUUAAUGUGCCAGCUAGCUCUAGAUACAAAGAGGAAGGUCAUCUGUAUGGUUUUCCUCCAAUGUCAGAUCUGGACAGCAAAAUGGUGAUGCUACAAAUGUUAGCACCAAAUGCCAUGAAGGCAUACAAAAGGAAAAAACUUACAUUCUUCCCUUCAUCAACUAAUAACUCCAUACAGGAGGGGCAGGCUGAGAUGGAGUUGGAUAGCGGAGAUGAAAGCCCAGCAUUCCCCUCAGUACCUCCCCUUCCAGACGACGAACCCCCUCCUCUUCCUCCACCUCCCGCUUCCCCUCCCCCAGAAUCCCCUAAACCUUUAGCCAUUUCAAAUAUUCAGAAUGAGGACAAAGAAACUGAAUUGGACAAAUCACAGAGUGAUAUUGAAAUAAUUCAAGUGACAGAUAUUCCUGUACCGGAAGACGAUUUGAUCACAAUAGAUGAUGAUGAUGAGGUGUCAAUCCUAAGUAGUGGACGAAACAGUCCAACGAUAGAUGACCUAGAGGCUAAAAAGCGGCAACUGUUAGACGCUAUCAAAUUCUCUGAAAUUGCCACAGACUCGGACACAGAUGUAAAAGAAGUUGACAUAUCCGGUGAUAUGUCUGAUAUUAAAUUUGUUGGAAAUGUUAAAAAUACGAUUGAAGCUAGUAAUAAAGAAACUCAGAAUGUUAAUAAAGAAAUAAAACAAAGCGAGACACUUCUUGAAGUUGAAAAGAAAUCUGUUAAUGAGUCAGCACUUGAGAAAAGUGAUGUUAAUGAGUCAGAAGUUGAAAUGAGUGAUGCUAAUCAGUCUGAUGUUAAAAAGAAACCUGACAAUGAGUCAGAAGUUGAAAAGGAACCAGUCAUAGAAUCAGAAGUUGAAACCAAACCGAUAAUAGCGUCAGAAAUUGAAAAGAAACUUAUCAAUCAGUCGGAAGUUGCAAACAAACCAGUUAAUGAGUCGGAAGUCGAAAAGAAAACUGCUAAUGAGUCAGAAGUCAUUAAAACUCCCGAUACGAAAACUGGUAUUGUUAAGAAUACUGAAUAUGGUACACCUGUUAUGAAUAUCGUAUCGCCAUACAUGAAACUGCCAAGUGACGAUAAAUUUGCUAAAGACAUUUGUGACGUCAUUCAGUUCGAAAACCUUCCGAACUCGGUGGGUAAGUACAAGAAAAUAAGUAGCCUUCUAAAGAAAGUUAAGAGUGAAGUGGACAGAAUACAGGAUUCAUGAUUAGAGACUACCACCUCGCCGUGAGAGGUGGUUUGUCAAAAUUCUGUUGUAAACUGACAUUUAUUUUUGUACUAGCAGAGAUAUUUUUAGAUGUUCCGUCGAAUGUGACUGUAUGAGUGUGACGUUAGAGAUGAGAUUUAUAGGUAGCUGUAGGUAUCAUAAUUAUGAAAAAACUACGCAUAGCGAGCGAUCAUGUUUUUCGAAAAUUCUGAAUUCGAAAUAGCAAUUUCAGCAGUCUUUUAUUCUAAGUAUGAAUGAAAUAUACAAAAUUAAAAAAAUACGCUAUUUUCCUCCAGGGAAUCUUUUUUAAAGUACACCAGAUUU